AUGUCAAACGUAUCUCUAUUAGGAAUUAAAGUCCUUAACAAUCCUGCAAAAUUCACAGACGCUUAUGAAUUCGAAAUCACUUUUGAAUGUUCCGAACAAUUGAAAAACGAUUUAGAAUGGAAAUUGACUUAUGUAGGGUCUUCAAGAUCUCUAGAACAUGACCAAGAAUUAGACUCUAUCCUGGUUGGGCCCGUGCCCAAAGGUAUCAACAAAUUUAUCUUCAAAGCUGAUCCACCUUCUGUAGAAUUGAUUCCUGCAAGUGAAUUGAUUAGUGUUACUGUCAUACUGUUGAGUUGUUCGUAUGAUGGCAAAGAGUUUGUAAGAGUAGGGUAUUAUGUCAAUAAUGAAUAUAACGACGAAGAGUUGAAAGAAAACCCUCCAGUGAAAGUUCAAAUUGAUAAAGUCGUUAGAAAUAUCUUGGCUGAAAAACCAAGAGUAACAAGAUUUAAUAUCGUAUGGGAUAAUGAAGAUGCUGUUGAUGAUAUGUUCCCUCCUGAACAACCUGGUGUUGAUGAUGAAGAGGAUGAUGAGGAAGAGGAUGAUGAGGAAGAGGAAGAAGAAGAAGAGGAGGAGGAGGAAGCAGAGGAAGAGGAGGAGGAAGAAGCAGAAGAAGCAGAAGAAGAAGGUGCAAUUACAAAUGAAGAACAAGCAGAUGAAGAGGAUGGUGAAGAUAUUGAGGAAGAUUUAGGUGAAGAUGAAGACGAGGAUGAAGAUGAUGCUGAUGAUGUGGAGGAAGCUGAGGCAGAAGCAGAAGCAGAAGCAGAAGCAGAAGCAGAAGCAGAAGCAGAAGCAGAAGCAGAAGCAGAAGUAGAAGCAGAAGAAGAUAUAGAGAAUUCAGAAGCAGAAGAAGAAGAAGAUGAUGAAAAUCCAGAUAAAAAGAAAAGAAAACUCAACGAAGAUUCAAAGAAUACCGAUCUGAUAUCAACUUCCACCGAUGAUGUCAAGACUCCUGUAGAUGCAUGA